UCAAAAGCAUUGUUCUGAGAGCAAAACAAAACAAGUUCCAGUGGUGCUAGACUUUGGUUAAAAUCCUGGACUUCAGAAUGAUAAACGAUCAUUCUAAUCGAUUGAGCUACCUUGUCAACAGAAGUGUCGACAGUUACUUUAUAUAAAUCACAGUUUAGCAGGUACUAUAGUGUACGCUUUUAUUAUCGUUUUGUAAGGAUGUCCAAUACGGAUGUAUGGACAAGGCAGUUGUGACCAGCCUUGUCCAGGGAACUGCUAUGGAGGAAAUUGCAACGCUAUUAAUGGGUCAUGUUUCUAUUGUUUUCCAGGGAAAUACGGUGACAAGUGUAACAAAGAGUGCACCACUAGCUGCAAAGGCAGUAUCUGCGAAAAGGACUCGGGAAUAUGUACAGAAUGCAAUCAAACAAAAUAUGGAGAUUUCUGUAAGCAAGAUUGCUCUAGGAAUUGUAACGACAGCAAGUGUUACCAACAUACUGGCUAUUGUAAAGGAUGUAUUCCUGGAAGGUCCGGUGACAGGUGUGAACGUCAUUGCUCUGGUAACUGUAAAAACAUGACAUGUCUACAGGACAGUGGAAACUGUAUAGGAUGUGUUCAAGGAAAACAAGGUGUACAGUGCGCUGAAGAUUGUCCAAGCGACUGUUUGACAUGCGUGCAAGAUGAUGGAAAAUGUACAGAAUGUGUUCGUGGUAAAUAUGGUUCAAAUUGUGAACUGGAUUGCAAUGACAACUGUAAAGAUAACAUUUGCACAAAAGACGAUGGCAACUGUCUUGAAUGUCAGCAUGGAUAUCACGGCGUGGACUGCACACUAGAAUGCGAAUCCGACUGCAAAAUUUGCCAACGGGAAGACGGUGAUUGUACAGAAUGCUUGGAUGGUUUAUAUGGUGGAAACUGCAGUCUGUCUUGUGUCAAGUGUGAUCGGUGUUCUAGGGACACUGGAAAGUGCCUCACUACCUGCAUGCCUGGAUACGAAGGAGACUUUUGUCAAAUGAGCAUAAAAUCGCCCCCACAGGAUGAUUCUACUGGGACGACAGUUGGCAUUGUUGUUGGAUUGCUUCUCUUGGUAUCUAUUAUAACAAUUAGCGUUGUGUUCUUCAUUAGGAGGGGCAGACAGAACUCUUCGAAGGAAGAAGAUUCAUUGGAUGACUUCGGCAGGCGGGAGGUGUCUCGAUCAUCACGGCUCAACACUGGCUAUGAGUCAGAUGAACGAACGUCAGAACCAUUAGCGAAACUCGAUAACGUUUACGUCAAUUCCGGAAAUGUAAACAAAACAGUAGACCCAUACGAAGAGGUUUACUGUAAUUCUGGUUCUGAGGGUAUCGCUAUUAGUGACCUGACAUCGUUGGUGAAAACAAAGAUGUUAAACAAAGCAAAAGCGUUUGAAGAGGAAUACAAGUCGCUACCAUCAGGGGAUUUGUAUGAACAUAAAGUUGGGAUGAUGACCGAAAACAAACUAAAAAACAGAUUUAAGACCACGUUUCCAUAUGACCAUUCACGAGUAGUCCUUGACAAACAGGACAAAGAUCCACACUCGGACUACAUUAAUGCAAGCUAUAUCGAUAGUGUCACGCUACCUGCUGAGUAUAUAGCAACACAAGGACCAACAAACAAAACCGUAGAUGAUCUGUGGCGUAUGAUCUGGCAACUGAAAUCUGGCAAAAUCAUAAUGCUUACUAAUCUGUCUGAGGGACCAAAGAAAAAGUGUGUGAAAUACUGGCCUGACGAAGGACAACCGAUGUCUACAAAACAUUUUGAGAUCGUCCUAGACAGAGAAAGGGUCUACGCCUUCUAUGUCAUCCGGGAUAUCAUUCUCACAGAAAAGAAGACCAAAUCAGUGCGACAAGUACACCAGUUUCACUACACAACGUGGCCAGACCACGGAACCCCAAACCCCAACGAACUUAUCGUGUUCCAUCGCCGAGUGAAGCUUUACAAGAAUUCCUUACCAGGAAAGAUGGUUGUCCAUUGCAGUGCCGGUAUCGGGCGAACAGGAACGUUCAUAGCGCUGGAUGCUUUGUUGGAUUACGGCAAAGAAUCUGGAAUGGUCGACAUCAUAGGUUACAUUAGAACCAUGAGGAAGGACAGGGUCAAUAUGGUUCAAACCAUUGAUCAGUAUAUUGCUCUGCACAACAUCCUGAUUGAGGCGUUUGACAUGCCAGACACCCUUAUACCCAGAGUGGAAUACCAUGCAGCACUGAACAGACUGUCGGAUGAUGUCCCAGUUAACCAAACGAAAUUAUGGCAGGAACAUCAGUUGUUGCAAACUAUGAAGCCAACAUAUACCAAAGUCGACUAUAAAGCAGCACUCCUUCCCGUCAACCGCAACAAAAACAAGGAUCCGAAUGUCUUAGCAGUUGACAAAUUCAGAGCAUACCUGACGUCAUCAUUAUCCGACAGAACCGAUUAUAUCAACGCUGUGGCUGUUCCUUCUUACACGUCUCGAACCGGUUACAUCAUUACCCAGAGUCCUGUAGAUGACACCAUCGUCGAUGUUUUGACAAUGAUAAUGGACAACCAAUGUGAUACCAUUGUUAUCAUUGAAAAAGACCCCAUCAAAUGGUUGCCAGAAGAAGGAAAAGAUAGCUCAAUUGGAAAAUUCACACUGAAACAUUUAGGAGGCUCUUCAAAUCUGGUCCAUAUUGAUUUGAUAGAAAUUGCGAUCUCAAAUCAGAGUCAUAAAUAUGACACCAAUGUUCGAGUGUUUCGAAUGACUGGUUGGGAAAGAGACGUAUCAGAUCCGCCAAAUUCAUCGGCAGUUCUUCAGCUUCUAGAACUUGUAGACAGCAGACGGAAGUCACAUGACUCGAAAACGACUGUAGUCAUGUGCCGGGACGGAUAUACACAGAGUGGGCUUUUCUGCUGUGUCAGCAAUGCUAGAGACCAGAUGAAGAUUGACGAGGAAGUCGAUAUGUUUCAGAUUUCUCGACAGGUUCUUGUCAGACGUCCGGAAUGCAUCACAAGUGUUGACCAGUACAAGUGUUGUUACAACCUGGUCAAAGAGUACUUGGACACCACAGACGUGUAUGUCAACUGACAGAGGACUAAUACCAGUAUAAUACUAACUGAUCAGUGACUAUCUGGAACGCAGAAGUGUAAAUGUCAUACAAACUUAUCAAGAAUUAAAAGGAGAGUGCAUUUAUUGGUUUUGCUUGUUUCCCCAAAUCCUUUUGUGUCCGAAAAAACCCCGUUGAUAUUGAUUUAAACAUAUUAUUUUAUUUGUCAUUCAACAAAAAGGAUUAGGCACACGUUAUCUCAACUUAGAAACGCCCUCUCUGUUGAUAUCCAUAUGGAUUAAAACUGUAGGAGUAAACCAGUACUAUUAACACGUGUUUAAGACUUACAUAGACAAAGUUCCAACACCAGUAGGGCUGCUGAAGAAGAUUUAUAGUAUUUAAUGUGUACAUGCUGUACAGUUCAGAUAGAGGUAAAACCUAGUACACAUAGUUGUUGAAGUAGAUCUGUCUGUAUCUUCAUGCAACUGAUACAGUUGACGACCUGUGUUAUUGGUUUGGUGGCGUAUUCUUACGUUUUCGCUGAUCCUUAAACACAAGACAAUUAUUAAAAGUACUGAAUUUCAGCGGAAUCCCGUCUUAGAAGAUUUCUAGGGAUUGGUAAACUAUAGUUCAACUUUGUACAAUGAGCAUCCUUGCACAGGAGGAGCUAAAUUGGUUCUCUUACGUUCAUUAAACAAUGCCUUCAAACUUUUCCUCAUUUGUGCAUAAUUGGUUAUACCGAGUUACACAACAAUGGCACUGUGCACUAAUCUUCAUUAUAUAACUAUACAUAUCAAACACACAUUGUAUAUUACAAAUGUACACUCAUAAAUAUACAUCUACCGGUAAGCUUUGAAAUAGAUCAAAUUUUUUUUCACGCAUGUGUUAGCUGUUAUCUGCGCGAAACUUUCUCUUGCCUAAUCCAAUAAACGAUAUACUAUUUUUUUCCAAUAAUUAAUUGAUUUCAAAUAAAGCACUAACCGUAUUUUACGAUAAAUUUAAUCAUAUUAUUGUACAAAAUAACAUUGCUGUACUUUGUAUCAGAAAGUAUGAAUAACCUAGUAUGAUACAUAAAUACUUAGGAGCGGAGUAAGAACGUGUCUGCACCUUUUUGUCCUUAAAUUGAAUUUUAGAUUUUCUGUCAAAUGUUCACAAGUUGUUUGGUGAUUGUUACCGCUGUUGACCUGUUUAUACACAAAUACCAUCACAAAUUUCAUGGUGCGUAAUCAUACAGACAGUGUUACUUUUCAUUGUAACCUUUUCUACCCUGGUUAUAUAUACCGACAUAUUGAUUUUGCUGCAUUUUUUCAUUUGUAGCAGAUGAACAAACGCUAUGUUUUUCUUUCAUAUAUUUUGUGUAUGUACAAACUGUAAACAAUGUAUCCGAUAUUAUCGAAUAAUUGGAAAACCUCAAACAAUGAUCAAGGUCUGAAAACCUAACGAGAGCAAAUUCGGGAAACCAAAUAAAGGGCGAAACAACUACAUAUGUAUACGAUGUAGUGUUAUUUAUUUGUUGUAUAAUGUACCAAUUACCCAAUUUUAAAAUGUGCAAUCACUUGUGUGUAUGUUAAAAUUUUACUCAUGCUGUA